CUUGUUGCAGCUCGCAGGAACGCAGGCAGGCCGCAGUGAUUUGGUAGCCGCUGCAGUAGGAGGAAGGACCGCGGUUCUACCCCUUCUAUCUUUCAGUUUCGCCUCAGAUAUUUUCUCGGUGGCUCAUUUUGGUAACAGGCGGUGACCCGUGUAUGUAGAGACGGUGUUUUAUGAAUCGCUGAGCUGUAGUUUUCACCAGCGGACGAAGUGUUUCCAAUCGCCAUUUUAAUCGCACGUUUUCCCUGACAGAAGCGCUAGCACAACAAUGGCUCUGAAAAGAAUUCACAAGGAGUUGAAUGACUUGGCUCGGGACCCUCCAGCCCAGUGUUCUGCAGGACCAGUAGGAGAUGACAUGUUUCACUGGCAAGCCACAAUAAUGGGACCUAACGACAGUCCUUACCAGAGCGGGGUUUUCUUCUUGACCAUACACUUCCCCACAGACUACCCCUUCAAACCGCCAAAGGUUGCAUUUACCACAAGAAUCUACCACCCAAAUAUCAACAGCAACGGCAGCAUUUGUCUUGACAUCCUGCGAUCACAGUGGUCUCCAGCUCUCACCAUCUCCAAAGUUCUUCUGUCUAUCUGCUCCCUGCUGUGUGACCCAAACCCGGACGACCCCUUAGUACCCGAGAUCGCCCGCAUCUACAAGACUGACAGGGAAAAGUACAACAAAAUAGCCCGGGAAUGGACACAAAAGUAUGCAAUGUAGUGCUGGGGUAGAAACAUGGCCAACCACCUCUACAACGCAAGGCUAGGGGAGAUUCAGAUGUAAAGAGUAAAACAAAUACAAAACCAUACAAACAAAUGAGAAGUUUAAAAUACGAUCCUGUUGGUUUCCAUUGGAGUGCUUUCUUUGAGCCAUGCCCCUCCUUCACCACAGUAGCUGUAAAACUCCCUCUGCCCCACCUCCCUCUGUUUGACUGCCCCCUCCUCCCUCCAGUGUACAGACCGUCAACUUUAAGAUAUUAAAUGUCCCUCCUGACCAGACGCAUCCCAUCUCCUCACUACUUUGUUCGGUUGCAUUUCGACAUCCAAGCAGGCUGGGCUGUCGCCAACCCCCCAUAUCCCUUUUAUUCCUGCAUGCCUGCAUCCUUACCCAUCUUUAAAAGCAUUCCUGUGAGCAACUAUAACACUUUCAGGGGAUCUUUGUGUUUUUCCCUUUUUGUUUUUAGGGGGAAGGAGGAGAAAAAGGAGGGAUUUUUACAGUUCACCUUAUCUUGUUUCGUUCAUAUAAUUUCCAUCUGCAACAGUGAUUCAAGAAUGCAAUUUUUACGAGUCAAAGGGCACUCUGUAUUUUAUUAAAUGAACACAUAAGUCAUUACAGGCGGUGUAUAAUGGAAAAAUGCUCAUGGCCUAUUUUCUGCUCCUGUUGGAUUCUAUGAAAGGACUUGAAUUUAUUCACACCACAUACUCCUCAUUCUCCCUACCCCUUUGACCCCCCCCGUUCAACCAAGUGAAACCCUUCAUACACACAUGGACACACACACACACACACAUGCACGUACAGCUGUAACCCUGUCACCACCACCUUUUCGUUGCUCUCAAAGAGGAGGUUCUGGACCAGCUAUUUAAGCAAUUCAUCUUAGUUUUACCUGUGUUUUUAUUUUCUUCCCAUAUUUCUUUAGGUUGCUUCUUUCCUUCUCUAUUUUUAUUUUUGUUUUACCCCCUCCCCAUAUCUUUUUGCUAUUGUCAAAUUAGCGGCUAACAUCUAAAAUGGCUAUGGGACUGGCUUGGGCUCUGGGUGCGAGGAGAACCCACUCUUCUUGCACAAAACCUCUGUAUAUUGAAUUACCUGAGAGGCUCGUUGAGCUUUGUGUGUUGAUUAAACUGUGUAAUAAAAACCUCUGACUCCUG